CCGGAUGUGAGUGAGGGCGGCGGGGCCGGUGGCGGCCGCAGCGCGAAGCCCAUGGAGGGGUCGGGCGGGGUUGCCCCUCGCCAUGGAUGACCUCCACCUCCACUACAGGUUCCUCAACUGGCGCCGACGCAUCCGCGAGAUCCGCGAGGUUCGCGCUGUGCGUUACCAGGAACGCGCCAAACACAUCCUGGUGGACGGCGAUACCCUCAGUUAUCACGGCAAUUCCGGCGAGGUCGGCUGCUACGUGGCGCCGCGGCCACUUUCCAGGGACAACAAUUACUUUGAGGUGUCGAUCGUGGACAGUGGGGUGCGCGGCACCAUCGCCGUUGGAUUGGUGCCGCAGUAUUACAGUCUGGAUCACCAGCCUGGCUGGCUGCCCGACUCCAUCGCCUACCACGCCGACGAUGGGAAGCUGUACAGCGGCCGUGCCCGCGGGCGCCAGUUGGGCGCUAAAUGCAGUUCUGGCGAUCGCAUCGGGUGCGGUAUCGAACCCGGAUCCUUCGAAGCCCAAACGGCUCAAGUGUUCUUCACCAAGAACGGCAAAAGGGUGGGCUGUGCGGCGGUGCCACUGCCCCCCCCGGGGUUAUUCCCGGCGGUGGGAAUGCACUCUCUGGGUGAGGAGGUUCGGCUGCACCUUCACGCGGAGCCGCGGCGCGACGAGGACGACAGCGCAAUGAUGGUCGACAGCUUCGAGGAGGAGUGGGGGCGCCUGCACAACGUCCGCCUCUGCGGCACCCUGCUGGAGUACGUGGGGCAGGGCCGGAGCAUUGUGGACGUGGGGCUGGCGCAGGCGCGGAGCCCCCUCAGCCCCCGCACGCACUACUUUGAGGUGGAGAUCGUCGACCCCGGAGAGAAGUGCUACAUUGCCCUCGGGCUGGCGAGAAAGGACUACCCCAAGAACCGGCACCCCGGCUGGAGCAGGGGAUCCGUGGCCUAUCACGCAGACGAUGGGAAGAUCUUCCAUGGCAGUGGGGUGGGGGACCCCUUCGGCCCCCGCUGCUACAAGGGCGACAUCAUGGGCUGCGGAAUUAUGUUCCCGCGGGAUUACAGCCUCGACAGUGAAGGUGACAGCGAUGACGCGUGUGACACAGCGGAGCUGAGGCCGCGGGCUCUGAGGAAUGUGAUGUUCCUGCCGGGGGGCGACGACGAUGAUGACGACGACGACGACGACGAGGACGAGACGGAGCCCGAACUCGAGGGCAGGAAAGUGGUGGUAUUUUUCACGCGCAACGGGCAGGUGAUCGGCAAGAAGGAGGCGCUGGUGCCGCCGGGGGGGUAUUUCCCCACCGUGGGGAUGCUCAGCUCGGGGGAGAAGGUGAAGGUGGACCUGCACCCCCUUAGCGGAUAGGGGGGGGGGCCCCCCAAAAAAAACGUUUAUGGAGGCACAGAGAGGAAGGGGGGGCCCCGACUUUCUUCCCCCCCCCUUCCCAGUUCUCCUGCACUUUAAGGCUUUUGCCACACCAGUUUGGGAUUGGUGUUACUGGAAGUGUGUGUGUCGGGGGGUGAGCUGGUUUUUGGGGUGCCCCCAUCAGCCCCCCCCCCAAAAAUCCCUUUAUCCCCACCCAGAAC